ACCCCCGCAGAUCUGCAAGCGCUGUACGAGAUCAUGCUCCCAGUGAACAAGCAGUACAAGCCCAUCUUGCCGAGCGACAGCGACGAGCCAGGCGAGGACGCGCGCGCGUUCGACACGGUCGCCUCCGCGCCCGGGGCGGCCAAGCCAUACUUCGAGCAGUUCCAGGCAAACAGCAUCGAGAGCUACGAGAACGAGCGCAUCCUCGCGACCGAGGGGGGCACCAAGUACCAGAAGAAGCUCGAGGACGAGAAGAAUUUCUUCGACAUCUACGUCCAGAGGAAGUUUCCGAGCUACUACAAGAUCAUCGAGGAGUACAAGGAGAUGUGCGACGAGAAGAAGCGCGAGCAGGAGCUCAAUGCGUCCGAGGCGCAG